AUGAACACACGGCCCACGGCGCACCUGCUCGCGCUCCCCGAAGAGCUACUCGAGCACAUCCUCGCGAUAUGCAUCCCGCCUGCGCCGUCCCCGCCCCUCCCGUCCUUCCUAUCAUCACAUGCCACCGCCAAGCCAAGCCCAGCGCUUGCGCUCCUCCUCGCGCACCGCACCCUGCGCCGCAUCGUGACGCCGCUCCUCUAUCGCCGCAUUGUCAUCACCUCGCAGCAGCAGGCUGUGCUCCUUGCCCGUUCCCUGCGCGCCCGCCCCGCGUUGGGCACCUUCGUGCGCGAACUCGCAAUCACGGGCGCCUACGCGGCGUUCGCCGAUAUAGUCGGGUCGCUGACAUCGCUGGACGUGCUCGAUGUCACACUCGACGCCGACGACGAGCACCCGCAACACGCAUCGUAUCCCACCCCGACGCGGGACCACGCCGUGCAACGCCGCGCUUCGCUCUCGGACGUUUCGUCCGCCCAUGCGCUGGAAUUCUUCGUCGCGGCGCUGGAGAGAGUUGGGCAAGGACAAGGCGGCGCUGCACCGGCGCACCUCGUUCUUCGCCGCGCGCGGGGCACGAGCACACUCGCAUGUGCGCGCGUGCAAGAAGUGCUUGGCGCGCUAGCGACGGCGCUCAACAGCAAAUCUUGGGGCUCAACGCUGGAAACAUUGACGAUUGCAUUUCCGCUGUGCAUUCCCUUCUCGGCGGCGGACCAGGAUGAAGACACGAAGAUGGUCGAUGCCGACAAGCUACGCGCACUGCUCAACGCUCUCGCGCGUGCGUCGGCGCUGCGAACCGUGCGCACCGCGCUGCCCACCGUAUGGAACCCCGCACUGAGCCUGGUGGCCGCGAACCCCGCCCUUCAACGCGUCGUCUUCCUCCCUCCACACACGCUCGCCGCGUUCCCGCCGGUGCCCCCUGACCAGAUCGGCACGGCGACAACGGCACCUUCGACACCGCAACGCUCGCGCUCGAUCUCCGAUCCUCGGGCGAUCUACCUCGGCGCGUCCUCCGUAUCGCCGCCCUUACCGCCACAGGCGCAGACGCCCCUCGCCUUUACGCGGCGCACGAAGGGCGAUGGCGCAGGUUCCCGCUUCUCCUCUGCAAACGCGAUGUCGUACCACCAACGGCUGCUGAACGCCUCGUUCGGGAUUGGCGUCGAGAUGUACAUGCGCGAAGCCGCGCGCGACGCGCGCCUGGCAGCGUGCAUCUACGCCGGCACCCCAUCCCUCAAGCCCACGCCGCAGGCAGGACCGCUCGCAUGACUGGAACGAGCGAUGUAUGACUAGUAUACCCAGCGAGAGCUUUUUGUCGUGUACAGUGAAAUGAACGCGGUCGUGUCAGUCCG